AGAAUCAAAGAAAUCACCGAAGAAACAAUUAAAUCACCCAAGAAACAAAGAAAUACCCCAAGAAACAAAGAAAUAAUCGAACAAACAAAAUAAUCAAAGAAACAAAUAAUUAAUCAAAAUAACCCUAGAAAAGAAACAAAGCAGUCACCCAAAAAACAAAUGAAUAACCAAACAAUCAAAGAAAUCACCAAGCAACCGCCUGGAUCGCUACACCAAACAACACCAGCAAACACCCCAGGACGCCCAUUAAACGCUGUCACGUGGAAAUGCCGGAGUAGCAACUCUAGCACGGCCGUCGCGUCCCCGGCCGCCCUGCCGCCCGAAAACGCCCGCUCCCCGUUUUUCCCCGAAAUCCCCGGAAAAAAAAGCGCCCCCGAACUUUUCAAAGCGUCCGCCCUAAUCACCCUGGCCCCAGGCCCGGCCCAGCGCCCGGCGCGCGCUCCGGCGCCGCGAACUUUGGACCUAAGGCGCCAGACCCACGCCUCUGGCCCUCUACUCCUCUUGCCAGGAGACCCUGAAAGUCACAGCAACACGCCAAACCCCGGCGGCAACACGCACAAAAACACCCGCCCGCCCCUCCGCCUGCCCGCCGCCUGCGUUUUUGUCCCCAAACCCCGUGUUUGUGCCCCAAAACCUCGUGUUUGUGCCCCCAAACCCCGUGUUUGUGCGCCCGUUUCCCGCAUGGCCAACCUCUACCAGACGUUGUUCUCGCCAACGCCCGCCCGCCCGCCCGACGCCGGCGCCGACACCAACACCGACACCGACAGCGUGUGGCGGGCGCUGCCGCCACCCGCCGCCCGCGCCAAGCCCGCCCGCCGCAGCCGCUCGGUGUCCGUGCCACGCUUUUUCUUCCGUGCCCUGACCAGCCAAACAGACCCCCCGCCCGCCGUGCCGCCGCCCGACAAAACGCCGCCCUCGCCGGGCUUCGCGCUGGCCGGCUUGCACCGGUUGCGGGCGCUUUUCCGCUUUUCGGCGCCGGUGGACGCCGCCACAGACACGCGGCUGGCGCCAGGUGCGGCGUCGCCCGAGCCGUUCCCGUCGUCCGUUUUCCGGCCGCGCACCUACGACGGCGAGGACAUCACGCUGGGCCUGAUGGCCGCGGCCGGCAACGCGCAGAGCGCGCAGAACGCGCUCCGCCGCUUGGACUCAGAACUCUCGGGGCCGUCCCGACGAGGCCACCGCAGCGCGGACGGCCCGUCGCCUGGACUCGCGCGCGGGCCGUACCCUGCUACCAUGCAGCCACCCCAACAGCCCGCGUCGCCGCUCCGCAAGACGCUCCGGCGCGUGGCGCUGGCGCCGUUGGUGCGGCUCCUCGGGGACCGGUCGCCGUGCGCGGAGCCGCCCAAGGAGUUCGACCUCAACGACCACAUUGGCGAGCUCAACCUCGCGCAGGGCCGGCCCCGCACGUACACGCAGGGCCGGACGUACCUGCAGCUGGCGCCAAGCUUCGAGACGAUCCGCUUGUUGGGCAAGGGCGACGUGGGCAAGGUGUUCCUCGUGCGCGAGAAGGCCAGCUCGCGGCUCUACGCCAUGAAGGUGCUCAACAAGAAGGAGAUGAUCCAGCGCGACAAGAUCAAGCGCGCGUUGGCCGAGCAGGAGAUCCUCGCCACCAGCAGCCACCCGUUCAUCGUGACCUUGUACCACUCGUUCCAGCUGGAGGACUCGUUGUUCCUCUGCAUGGAGUAUUGCAUGGGCGGCGAGUUCUUCCGGGCGCUCCAGACGCGCGACACCAAGACCAUCGCCGAGGACGCCGCGCGCUUCUACGCGGCCGAGGUCACCGCGGCGCUCGAGUACUUGCACUUGCUGGGCUUCAUCUACCGCGACUUGAAGCCAGAGAACAUCUUGCUCCACCAGCUGGGGCACAUCAUGUUGAGCGACUUCGACUUGUCCAAGCAGUCCGCCUGCAUCAAGAGCCCGGAGAUCCAGUUCACCAAGGCCCACAGCUCCGCCAGCCCGGCCAUCGACACCAAGGCUUGCAUCGACGGCUUCCGCACAAACUCGUUCGUCGGCACCGAGGAGUACAUCGCGCCUGAGGUCAUUCGCGGGAAGGGCCACACCAGCGCCGUCGACUGGUGGACCUUGGGCAUCUUCAUGUACGAGAUGCUCUACGGCACCACUCCCUUCAAGGGCAAGGACCGCAAGACCACCUUCGGCAAUGUCUUGAAGCGCGACGUGCGCUUCCCGGACUCGAAGCCCGUGUCCUCCAGCUGCAGGAGCCUCAUCAAAAAGCUCCUCAUUAAGGACGAGACAAAGCGCUUGGGCUCCAAGUUGGGGGCCUCCGACAUCAAGACACACCCGUUCUUCAAGGCCACCCAGUGGGCUUUGCUUCGCCACCAGAAACCACCCAUGAUCCCUGUGCUCACCAAAACAAAGAAGCCUGAGCGCACCGCGGAUCGCCCGCCGAGCCAAGAGGAGCCGGCUUCUCUCCCGAAGGCAGACGCGAAGGACGAUCCGUUCGCUAUGUUCAGCUCCGUGACCUUGCGUCACGACGACGAAGAUACAGAGGACGCCCAUAUCGUGGAGAACGAUACCACGCUCUACUCAAGCGUGGCAUACACCAUGACUAGCCACCCAGAAAGCUCUCUGAAGCGCUCCAAGGGCUUUCUUCGAAGAUGAUAUGUGUGUGAAUAUGCAUGAGACUACCGUCCGACACUAUACUGGCGCCCAUUGCUUGGCGAUCCUUCAACCCCGACAUUGCAUCAAAAUUAGCCACCACCUGUUGCCCUUGGCGAGUUCGUGAAUUCAUAACACAUAGCCAAGCGAAGGUUUACCUCAUAGACUCUUCCGACUACGUUUUGCCGUCAAUGGGCAGCAUUUAGAUGGCAAACUACGCUCCUUUCCAGGCGGACAUCUUGAGAACAAGAAAAUAGCCCUCUGGAAUAUUCGAUUUCCGC